AUGUUUGAUGAUGAAACUAAUCAACUAAUGGAAGAUUUAGGAUUGACAGGUAGUAAUGAGACUUAUGACUUUGACGUCACUCAUACUUUUCAAAUUCCAAAUUUUUUAGAUUCAAAUGGUCCAUUUGAAAGCAUUACAUUACCAGUAGGUCCAUUUAAUUUCAAAGCCACUGCUACUAAGAAUACUGGAAGUGUUCCAUUUCUUGAUUUUAAGAUCAAUUUAAUCAAUCCUCCCGAAUCUCCACUUAAAAUUACAAUUUCAAUUACAAUAAACAACAAAGAGAAGUCAGAAGAAACAGUUUUAGUUAAAUCUAACUCAACAUUAUCAAAGAAUUUCGCAGUAAUGUACUUUUCAAAUUUCAUCUCAUUAAGAGCACUGAAAGAAACACCAGGAUUUAUUACAGAUGGAACACUUAUCGCUAACAUUAAGUUUUCUUCUUCAAAUACCGAAUCAAAUAUUUGGGGAACAGCAACUUCACGAGAAUCAACAGGAUACGUUGGUCUAGAGAACCAAGGAGCAACAUGUUACAUGAAUAGCAUGUUACAAAUGCUUUAUCACUUACCUGCUUUCAGACAAAUUGUUUAUGACCUUCCAACAGCAGAAAUUGAAGAUCCAGAGAGGUCCAUUCCACUUCAACUUCAAAUGCUCUUCUAUAAUCUCGAGUUUUCGUCGCAAGCUGUCUCUACAAAAGACUUAACAAAAUCAUUUGGCUGGAAACCGCAAGAUAUCAUGGUCCAACACGACGUACAAGAGUUCAACAGGAUACUCAUGAGCACUCUCGAAGAAAAACUCAAAGGAACUGAGUCCGAAAAGAAAAUUUCUUCUUUGUUCACAGGAAAGAACCAAAAUGCCAUUCGCUGUGUGAAUAUCGACUACGAGUCAUUCACAGAGACACCAUUUACAGACCUCCAACUCCACGUGCAAGGCAAUAGAACACUUGAUGAAGCAUUUGAAGGAUAUUUGGCUGUAGACAGACUGGAAGGAUCAAACCAAUACAAUGUUCCUGGCCACGGAAAACAAGAUGCCGACAUUUGCAUGGAAAUUACUGAACUUCCGACAGUUCUUCAACUUCAUUUGAACAGAUUCACUUACGAUUUCGACAGAGACCAGAUUGUUAAGAUAAACGACUGGUUCGAAUACCCAGAAUCAAUCGAUUUAUCAAAAUACGUAACUAAAAAACAAGAAAACAAGAAAAGUGACAAAGAAGCAAAAAGUGACGAAUAUAUCUCAAAAAGUGACAAAGAGGAAGUAAAAAGUGACAGUCAAAUAUAUGAUUUAGUAGGAGUUUUAGUACAUAGUGGAACUAAUUACUCCGGGCAUUAUUAUGCGUAUAUUAAACCAGAAAUUGAUGGUGAUUGGUAUGAAUUCAAUGAUUCUGUUGUAAGAAAAGCGAAAAAAGACGAAGUUUUCAAGGCGAAUUUCGGACAAAAUGAUGAAGAUGACGAAGAAGACGAACCAAAACAGAAAGUCUUGCCGAAACAGAGAUUUUCGAAGAGGAAUUUCAGAACGAAAAACAUGUUUGACAAAAACAGGAACAAAAGGAAACCAGUGAAGAGAAGGAGAACAGUUGAUCACUCAGCUUAUUUGUUGAUUUAUGUCAACAGAGACAAACAAAAGGAUGUUUACUUAAACGAAAGAAAAGUUCCUCACCAUUUAGAAGUUAUCUUCGAAAAACUCAAAAAAGAAAAAGAACUAAAACAGAAACAACUUCUUCAACAAAUUUAUGAAACAGAUGUCCAAAUUUUGACAGAUUCUGACAUUUCUGACAACGAAACAAAAUAUUUUUCUGUCAAAGAUGUCAAAAACAAAAUCCAUGUAAAUUUACAACAACCGUCAGAAAAACUUUACGAAACCGUCAAAGAAGUUUACAAACUUGACAGUUUCACUCUUUGGCAAUGUGGUGCCUACGGAAAUCCGACGAGAAUCAUCGAGAAAUCUUCAGAAGGAGCAGUCGGAAAAUUCAUGUCAGGAACAUCAACGAUUUACAUCCAAAAAACAGAAGUUUCUGACAUUUCUGACCACAUUUUGACAUUUGUGAAGUCAUUUGACGGUUUGACAGUUAAUUUCGAAGGAUCACAAAUCAUCGAAAAAACGAAAACAGUCAACGAUUUGUUUACAAAACCAUUUUCAAAAGCAUUUAUUGAAGAAUACGGAGGACACGCAGUAGAAAUCUCUCCAGAAACUGUUUUGACUGCCAACAUCAUUCAUCAAGGAAUGAUUUUCGUUUUCCAAAACACAAAAGAAACACAAACAUCAGAAUUAUCAAAGAUUUGUGGUUUAUUUGAUCUCUCUAAUUAUCAAAAUUAUUUGGAAAUGAAAUUUAAUUCAUUUGAAUUAAAAGUGAAGUCAAAAAGUGACAGCGAAAUAAAAUCCAUCCAAGUUCCAAUGAAUAUGAGUAUUCCUGACAUGAAACAGGUUAUUAGCCAUAAGUUUAAUUUAGAUUACGACAAAGAAAAAGACACACUUUUGAUUUUUGAAAAAGAAGAAAUUCCAUUGAAGCUGAAAAGGAAGACAAACAUUGAGUUUUUGAAGAAUUCCAAUGGAAUUGAGUUCGAGUUGAUCAAAGAUAUCAAUGAAAACGAAGAGAUUCUUUAUCAAAGAAUCGAAAUUUCUCAAAAUUCAUUCGAAAUUUCACAAAAAUUUGUUAAAAUUUUGAAGAUUAACACAGCAAUUCAUUCUAUCUACGAAAUGUUGAAGAAAGAAAACGUUUUAGAUCAUGAAAUGAAUGAAUACAGGUAUUUCACAGUUUGGGGCACAUCAAUUUGGGAGUUGUUGAAAGAGAACAACACACUGAAUGAUGAUUCAUUAGUUUUGAGAAUUGAUUUAGUUCCUGAAGAUCAAAAACAACUUUUAGAAGAAGAAUUUUUAGUUCCUUUGUCUCAUCCUGACUGUGAAGAGUUUCGUCCAACACUGUUUAAAGUUAAAGAAGGAGGAACAGCUAAGGAAAUGAAAGAAAAACUUAAAUCAAUCUACAAAGUUGAUGAUGUUUCAAAAUGGCAUUUAGAUGCUGUAACAACAUUAGCUGGUAAAUCUAAAAACGUGACACUUAAAAAUGAUGACACUUUAGAUGCUUAUUUGAAGACUAAAUCUCUUGAAUUACAUGUCUAUCACUCUCUUGAAAAACAGACCAAUACAAGGAAUCACGUCGCCCUCAAAAUUUUAUAA